AUGCCCACUAAUGGAGGACUGGCAAACAUCUGGCACAAAUUGAAACAUGUUAAGAUAGAAAUGAAAGACUUAAAUAGGAGGGAGUUUUCUCAAGUUGAUAAAAAGAUAAUCCAGGGUAGGAAGGAUUUGGCUGAACAUCAAGAACUAAUGAGAGAUUAUAGGCAUGAUCCAACGCUAUUUGAGCAGGAGAAAAUAUUGAAACUCACCCUCGAAAAAUGGUGCCUUAUUGAGGAGAGUAUACAUCGGCAGAAAUCUAGAGUCCAAUGGCUUCAAUUAGGGGAUUCCAAUUUAGCGUAUUUUUUUGCUAACAUGAGGAAUAGAGGUGCCCAGAACUUCAUUAGCAAACUGAUGAAUAACCAGGGAGUAUGGAUUGAAAAGGAAGCUGACUUAAAGAAGGAGAUCUUUACAUAUUAUAGGUCACUACUGGGUAAUGCAAAUACCCAUUUGCCUGCUAUAGAUGAUCUCAAGGCCCCUGGAGGGGAUGGUUUCAACUCGUGCUUCUUUAAAAAGGCAUGGACAGUGGUAGGGGAUGACAUUGCAGAUGCUGUGAUGCACUUCUUUGAUAGUGGCACUAUGUACAAACCUGUGAACUGCACACAUAUUACUUUAAUCCCUAAAGUGAAGAAUCCCUCUUCAGUAAAGCAGUUCAGGCCCAUAUCUUGCUGUACAGUAUUGGUGAUAAGUGACAAUAUUAUCCUUAGCCAUGAAUUGGUUAAAGGCUAUGGUAGAAAGGGAAUAUCCGCAAGAUGUAUGUUGAAAGUGGAUAUGCAAAAGGCAUAUGACUCAGUGGAGUGGGUCUUUGUUGAACAGGUUUUGGUGCAUUUGAACUUCCCAAGUAAAUUUGUGAAGUGGGUGAUGGAGUGUAUCAAGACUGUGUCAUAUUCUGUUAGGAUCAAUAGUACUGCUACUAUGCCUUUUGAUGCUGGGAGAGGUAUUAGGCAAGGCGAUCCUGUAUCUCCCUUCCUAUUCGUCCUAGUGAUGGACUAUUUCAGUAGGAUGUUGAAACAACUGAAGAAGAACCCACAGUUUAAACACCAUCCCAGAUGUGCCAAAAUGAACCUAGUACAUCUAGGUUUUGCUGACAAUCUGUUACUUUUUUGCAGGGGUGACCAAAAAUCUAUGUCCUUGUUGUAUAAAUGCUUCUUGAGCUUCUCAGCAGUCUCAAGCUUAGUAGCAAACAAGGACAAAAGUUCCAUCUAUUUUGGUGGAGUCAAGGAUGAUCAACAACAACUGAUUAUGGAGGAAUUAGGCUUCCCAAAAGGAGAAAUGCCGUUAAGAUAUUUAGGAGUGCCUUUGAGUACCAAGAGAAUGACCGUUGCACAAUGCCAACCACUACUUGAGAAAAUGUUGGGGAGAAUAUCAAGCUGGACUACAAAGUUUUUAUCUUAUUCUAGCAAAGUUCAGUUGAUCAAGAAUGUACUAUUUUCUAUACAAGUAUUCUGGUCCCAGCUCUUUGUACUACCAUCUAAGAUUGUGAAGAUGAUUGAGGCCACUUGUCGGAGAAUUUUGUGGACUGGGGGCACUAAAAUAUCAAAGAAAGCUUUGUUGGCUUGGGACAAAAUUUGCUUGACUCUAACUGCUGGUGGACUGAACAUACUUGACAUUAGAACAUGA